AUGAAAAAGUUCGGCUUUGGCAAGAAGGGCGACGAUGCUGACGAGGCCGGCCGCAACGCCCUCUUUGGCCGGAAGAAGCCAUCGUCAUCGUCGGGGCAGUCGGAAAACCCUUACGCUGGGCAAGGUGCUAGCGAUCCGUACGCCGAUAGCGCCAAGUAUGCCAACGUGUCUCCGUACCAGCAAGCCCGCGCCGGGCUAGCUGAGGACCGGCGAGCAGGCUCCCCCGGCGGCGACCAAGGCAGCCGACCCGGCGGGCACCACUCGGGCGUGCGAAACCAGGCGCCGGAGAGCGGCUACCGGAACCCCCCCGCAGCCGGCUACGGGCCUGACCGGUACGGAUCCGGCGGUGGCUACGGCUCGAAUCGCUACAAUACCCCGGCCGGGGGUCCUGGGGGCGCUGGAGGCGCUGGAGGUGCUCGCGGCCCUGGUGGCUACGGUGGUUUCGGGCAUGCCAGGAGUGACCCGGACGAAAAUCGCGACGCUCUCUUUUCGGGAGCCCAGGAGCGUCAGGUUCAGCAGCGGCAACCCCCCCCUCCUCCUCCAGCAGCUCCGCCAGGUCACGGUCAACCAGAGUCGGGGAGCAGCAACUCGUACGACGGCUACGGGGAGCAGCGGGAGCUGACGGCAGAGGAACAGGAGGAAGCUGACUACCAGGCCAUCCUCGCCCAGAAGCGUCAGGUCCAGCAGGAAAGCGUUUCCUCGGUUUCACGCUCGGUCCAGAUGGCGAGGCAAGCCAACGAGGUCGGUCAAGCGACGCUUGCGCGCCUCGGCGCCCAAGGCGAGCGUCUGCACAACACGGAGAAGAAUCUCGACCUGGCCGCCAACCAGAACAAGAUUGCGCAGGAUCGUGCAGCGGAACUGAAGACGCUCAACCGGAGCAUGUUCGCCAUCCACGUCAACAACCCGUUCACCUCCAAGCAGCGCCAGCAGAGGGCGGACGACGAGGUCAUGAGCAGGCACCGCGCCGAGAGGGAGCAGAGGGAAGCCACGCGGCAUGAGGGCUUCGCCGCCAACGAGCGCAUGGAAAGCACCUUUAGGCAGAUCAACUCGGCCGGACGGCCCCGUCCGCAAACCCGCAAGAAGGACUACGGCAAAUUCAACCUGGACGACGAGGAGGGGGCCGACGAGCUGGAAGACCAAAUCGACGACGGGCUUACCGAGCUGGAGGGCCAGGUUUCCAUGAUGAACAUGGUUGGACGGGCCAUUGGCAAGGAAGUGGACGCCCAGAACAAGCAGAUUGAGAGAAUCAUGGGCAAGAGUGAUGCUGUUGAUGACGCAACGAGGAUGAACCGCGAGCGGCUGGCGCGCAUCAAGUGA